AUGGCCGACAAAGUGAGGGAGGUUGCAGCGGAAGAGGCUGAGCGUCUCAAAGCCCUCACUACGGAAGCUGUAAAGUCACAAGCCUAUCUCUAUCCUUUCAAGGGCAUCUACCAUUUCGCCGCUCACAGAAGCUUAUGGCGUCCGUUGACCUCCAGACUUGCUUCCACAUUAACCCUCAGCGUUGGUGUAACGACCUUCAUGUUUGUUUUUGCAUACCUUCCCCAGGCGGCCAUUAUGGCCUUUACGAGUGGGCCUCUUGCGGCUAUUACAGCUGCCUUGUUGACCCUCAGUGAAAGCUCGACGCUCAUCAACCUCAUCUCGAGAACGUUCCUUAUCCAAGAUGCUCUCAUUGACACCUUCGAUGGCACUUUGGUUUCACGUGAAUGCACGGACCUUGUUUCAGAUAGCAGACAGGUCAAAGCAGGAAGCGAUCCGAUGGCCAGACUGGGCAAGCUCGUGACGAAGCCUCUGGCCAAACUUACCCCUUCUGCCAUUAUCAGAUAUCUGCUUUACCUGCCCUUGAAUUUCAUUCCUGUGGUGGGAACAGUCAUCUUCGUCCUUCUGCAGGGCAAACGAAAUGGACCAGCUGCUCACGCGCGGUACUUCCAGUUGAAGGGUUGGUCCAAGACCCAGCGGGAAGAAUUCGUCGAGAAGAACCAAGCAGCCUAUACCACAUUUGGUGUCGCUGCGUUCGUGUUAGAGAUGGUCCCAUUCGCCAACCUGGCCUUCGCUUUCACCAACGCAGUAGGCGCCGCAUUAUGGGCUGCAGAUUUGGAGAAGUCAAGGAACACAGCACCUGCUCUACGUGAACAGGCAAAGAAAGCGCAAUAG